AUGAAGGAGAUGAGUGUGGAAUCAGAAAAAGACCCAGAAAAAUAUGAGGAAUAUAAAUAUGUUCAGCCAAUGACAUCGCCCUUAUACAAUUAUGUGAUUUCUUCUGUGUGUGAUAAAAUAGUGGAAUUCCUCCCUAAGUCUCUUUCACCAAACUCUCUGACAAUAAUUGGACUAAUUUCUGUUUCAACUUCGUUCAUCAUGCUAAUUUCCAUAGGGGAGAAUGCAAAAGAACUUUUCUUGGUCUCAGCAGUACUCUGGUUUCUUUAUGGUAUAAUAGAUAAUUUGGAUGGUAAACAAGCAAGAAGAUUGGGUGUAUCAUCUAAUAGUGGGGAGUUUAUGGACCAUGCAAUAGAUUCAGUUGUGACUUCCUUUGUAGGACUUGCAUUUCAGCAUAUGCACAAUAGAUCUCUUGAAUUGGAUUUGCUAGUAGUAUUGUCUUACCAAGUUCCUUUUUAUUUUGCAUCUUGGUUUCACUUUCAGUAUGGGAAAUUAAUCAUUGGUAACUCCAUUUCAAAAACUCCUUAUUUCACAGUAGAUGAACUCAAUCUUUUUUUUAUUCCAUUGUUUAUCUUAUUUGAGUACUUUUUUCCUGGGCUUUGGAGACUAGAUAUACCUCUUUUUGGUGGGUAUGUAUUGAAGAAUUGGGGAAUAACUUUUAACUAUUGUUGUUUCGCAUACUCUAUAUUUAGUCUUAUAAAGUGCAUACAUUAUUGCUCAUCAAGAUCCACAAAAAAUAUGCAUCUUUUUUUCAUUCCUCUUACAAUUCAUAUAAUUUCCAAGGAAUUUACAAAACUAAGCAUGUUUGAUACGAUUUUUCCAUUCUCAAUGCUUUGUAUUACCCUUAUUUUUUUUAAGAUUUCAAAAAUACUUAUUAAAAAGCCAACUAGUUCUUUCAUCAUACUUUUAGCAGUCUCUUUAAUUCCCAACAUUAUGACUAAAUUUAUGGUUUCUUUUUUUAAAACAAGCCAAAGCCUAACCAUUUUCAUUCAAUUUAUAAUAUGGGCCCUAGCUAUUUAUAAAUUUUCUGAUUACCUUAAUCUUCAUGAUAAUAUUAAGAAUAAGAAAAAAUAA